AUGCUCUCCGUUAAACUUCUCCUCCUGGCUCUUCUCCCCUCGACUACCCUCGCCCAAUUCACCAUUGGCGAGGUCGUCGAGGAUAACUACAUCGUCACCUUGAAGCCCAAAGUAAAGGAGGAGGAAAUCGAGCAGCAUAUUGAAUGGGUUGGCGAUAUCCAUACCGCGAGCUUGGAGCGUCGUGGAGAGGAUGGUGUUGAUAAGGUUUGGAACUCUACCUUUAAGGGGUAUUGUGGUGAGUUUGAUAAGAGCACUAUCAAGAAGAUCAACGAGAGUUCAGAUGUCCUUGCUGUUGAGCCGGUUAGAGAGGUUCUGUUGGCUGCUGUCCAGCCCAAUGCUGAAUGGGGCCUUGCGUCCAUCUCGCACCGCACUACCGGUUCUAAGGAGUAUCUCUAUGAUGCCUCUGCUGGCAAUGGCAUGUUUGCCUAUCUCAUCGAUACUGGUAUCAGAUUGAGCCACAAAGACUUUCAGGGACGAGCUUCUAACGGUUACAACGCUUAUCCUGGCGUUCCAUUCGUCGAUGCCAACGGCCAUGGAACACACUGCGCCGGUACCAUCGCUGGAAAGGAAUACGGUGUAUCCAAGAGAGCGCAGCUCAUCGCAAUCAAGGUCUUCCAUGACGCCGGCUCAACCACUGCUAUUGUCCUUGACGGAUACAACUGGGCAGUCAACAACAUCACUAACACCCCCGGCCGCAACCAACAAUCCGUAAUCAGCAUGUCCCUCGGCGGCGGCAAAUCCGACGCCUUCAACCUCGCCAUCGAAAUGGCCUACCGCCAAAACAUCCACACAGUAGUCGCAGCCGGCAACUCCAACGUCGACGCAAAAGACACAUCCCCCGCCUCGGCCCCCAACGCAACAACAGUCGGCGCCAUCGACAGAAACAACAACAGGGCCAGUUUCUCCAACUUUGGCCCCUUUGUGGAUAUCUUUGCACCUGGCGUGGGCAUCAAGAGCACGUGGUACACGAGCGAUACUGCGACGGAGACGUUGAGCGGUACGAGCAUGGCUUGUCCGCAUGUUGCGGGCUUGUCGCUGUAUUUGAGGGCCAAGGAGGGGUUGAGGACUGUUAAGAGUGUGCAAGAUCGGAUUAAGAGCCUUGCUACUAAGAAUGUGGUUGGGAAUGCUGGGGCUGGGAGUCCGAAUUUGUUGGCGUAUAAUGGAGGUGUUCCUAAGAAGAGUACGAUUUGGUUCGCUGAUCGUGAUCGAGAGUAG